UACAGAAAACAAUCUGUACCGUACUUUCACGGCCGUGCUCGGGGAGGAAGAAGAUAUCCCCGAUCGUCAUACUUCGCGUGGAAGCUGCAGUAUGCCUUUAUAUGCUGGACUAGGGUUGCUGAUCACAUCAGAAGCAUGUACUCGAAAGAUAGCCUAAAGGUCCUUCCAGACCAGGAGCUAUACUAUGAAAGCGUCGAUACCGUGGACACUGUCUACUCGGGAAACCACACUCCAUCGCUGAAGCAAUAUCUGAGCCGGUGUCAACGCACCGCCGGGGUAUAUCAGGUUAUAGCCACAAUCCCGUGGGUAGCACAUCUAUUCAACAAAACGAUGCAGUUGUUGUGGAAACAUACAUCAUAUCUAGUAUAUAUA